AUGGGACACACCUGCUCCGCUUCACCUGCCACCAUCAUUGGAACUUCCUGGCGUCCUCACCGGAAGCAGAUUCCGCUGCUCAGCUUCUUGCACAGCCUGCAGAACUGUGAGCCCAAGAAACCUCCUUUCUUUACACAUUACCCAGACUCAGCAAAGCCGCAGCACUAUCGUCGUCGGCCGCGCACACAGUUUGCUCCGGAACAACUCAGAGUGUUGGAAGCACAGUUCACAAAGACCACGCACCCAGGCUGGGACGCCGUACAGGCCCUGGCUUCAAGGCUCCACCUUGAGGAAUCAGUGAUACAGACGUGGUUCAAGAACCAGUGUGCCAAACGGAGGAAGCUGCAGCGGCAGCAGCAAACGCAGCCAAGCGCGUCAUCCGGAGCAUCAACGCAGCCCGUUUCAGAGAAGGAGGAGGAGACCCCCUUCCCCACAAGGGCGGCAAACCCUCAUCCAACGAGUCCUGGAAUUUCGGAUGCAUUUUACCACAACCCGCAGGAGCCUUAUGAUGUCAAGACAGCUGGAGGCACUGGUGUUUCAGUGUGCAAUUCAUCACGGGAUUCUCUGCAUUCUGAUAUUGAACAGAUAGAUCUGGGGGAUUCUGAUCCUCCUUGGGCCUCCAUUCCCUAUGAAAUGGAAGACCUAGUGGAGCUAUAUGCACUACCUGGUGAAGUGGAUCCCAGCACCUGGGAUCAGUACCUCUUCCCAGUGCGCCUUGGUCAAGGGGGUACAGCCGGCACGGAUCUGCAGGGGAAAUCCACACCCACGGCUCCUGAGAAAGAUCCGUGACCCAAAUCCCGGCUACCUGAGAGAAUCAAGUCGAAACAGAUCAGAGCCUAGGGGUUUAUCUUUUUCUGUAAGAAAAAAAUAAA